AUGGAGAAUUCUUCUCCUUCUUCUUCUCCUCCUCCUUAUUCCCCUACGCUUUCUAGUUCAAGUUCUGGUGCUUCCAAGUUCCUCUCCAACCUCCCCUCUCGUGGCUUUUUGUCUUCAACUGUUCUCUCCUCCAAUCCGGGUGGAAUUCGAGUUUAUAUUUGCGAGCAUGAGACACUACCUCCAGAGGACCAGCUGAUACACACGAACCAGACAAACAUAUUGAUUAGAUCACUCCAGCUUAAGAAACAGAAGGGUGAACCUGGUCCAAAAGAUGCAAACGGAUCAAAUGCAGCCGAGGGUUCCAGGAAGAGGGCCUCGGAAAAAGUUAUGGAUGGGAGGGCGUCGGCUAAGAGAAGCAACAACCAAAAUGGUCCUGAGGGGUCUGGAAGUCGGACGUCUGACAAGGAUUUGUACAGUUUGACAGUAGAGAGGCUCCGUGUUCUGCUAAAGGAGAGAGGCCUUUCACCAAAAGGGAAGAAGGAUGAACUGGUUGCCAGAUUGAGAAGUGCCAACGGGUAA